AUGCCGCUUCAGUGGCUCCACGGCCGCUUUGCCUACACGCCGCUUCAUACCGAUGAUGCACCCUCCUCGGGUUCUUCAUCAUGGAAGGGCAGGCCUUACCACACAAUAUUUACCUUGAAACAGCUCAAGUUGGCCGCGUUCACUAUUGCUGGGCUGUUGUUGCUAUUUGGUGUUGUGGUCUAUAACCGUGAUCAGAUUGAAGCCAUUCGAGUAGCUUACUCAACUUCUCAACACGACGAGUCACCUGACGUCAAGUCUGUAGACUGGUCUCGGUUUGCGUACGUCCAGUAUGUCACUAAUAAAGACUACCUCUGUAACUCGGUCAUGUUCUUUGAGAGGCUGCAAUACUUGGAGAGUAAAGCGGGUCGAGUUCUGAUGUACCCCUCCGUCAUGCUCCCUGAUCCUCAUGAGAGAGAACAUGAAGGUUCAUCAGAUGAUGCCAAACUCCUCAUCCUUGCUCGGGAGAAGUACAACGUAAAGCUUGAUCCAAUAUCUGUUCAACAUCGAACAGGCUCAGAUCCAACUUGGGCGGACUCUUUCACAAAACUUCUUGCCUUCAACCAGACAAAAUACGACCGCGUACUUUCAAUCGACUCGGAUUCAACUCUUCUCCAGCACAUGGACGAGCUCUUCUCUCUUCCCCCAACCACAGUCGCCAUGCCACGUGCAUAUUGGCUUCAACCAGAUAAACACAUCCUAUCCUCCCAAGUCAUUCUUAUUCAACCAAGUCAAGUGGAAUUCACUCGCAUCACAUCCAAAAUCAACAAUGCCGGAAGAAAUGAUUAUGAUAUGGAGCUCGUCAACGAAUUAUACCAGGAUAGUGCCAUGGUUUUACCGCACCGGCCUUACGAUCUCUUAACGGGGGAGUUCAGCAAAGACAACCACCAAUGGUACCUUGGCAGUGACGAGGAAACCUGGGAUCCAGUCGCCGUGUACAACGAGGCAAAGUUGCUGCAUUUCUCUGACUGGCCUCUGCCGAAGCCCUGGUUAGAGGCCCCUGAGAACUUGGUCCGGGAGAGAGAGCCUAAAUGUGUGGCCAUGAUGGAUGGACUUGGAAGUUGCGCGGCGAGAGAUAUCUGGCGUGGGAUCUACGAUGAGUUCAGGGAACGUCGGAGGGUAAGUCAGCUGGAAGGUCUCAAGCAGUCUACAAACAGCGCGGCUAACAUAGAGGCAGCGAGUCUGUGA